UAUAUAUGGCCAGCCGACCAGCGCAGUGUUAUCAUUUGAAGAAAAGAGUUGGUCGCAUGUGAACACAGUGAACUUAGCCAGGCGGUUCGAUAAAAGGCUUAAGCUUAUCAGGAUAUAGGAGUGCACCCACCUCACACAUCGGUGGAUAGCUGAGUUGAGCGCGGAAGGAACUGCAAUAAGUAAGGGAAUCACUGGCCUACGGAAUCCCCCAUCCACGGAUGUGUCUGUACUUGGGAGUGGUGGAGCACCUGCUGGAUGUGGUGGCCUACUGCAUGUGCCGUGUGCUGGAGCUGUCCCUGUUCACCUGCAUGAUGGUCUGCGGCUCCAUGAGGGCCAAGCUGACCCACGGGCCCACCAACGAGCUGGAGCAAUGACCAGGACACCAUGAGUGCUGCUAAAGGGAUGCGCGUGUGUGUGGGUGUAUUUCGACUAAAAUUUAAUAAAGGCAUCUUUUCUAGUGGCGAAUAAAUAACGAUUCAUAUGUGCGUGUAAA